AUGGGCACUUGUUCUUUUGGGCAAGCGAGUUUCGGGGCAAGUGUUCUAUCUCAUUCCUCACCAGUCUAUGGGCAACUGUGGAAAUGGGCAAGUGUGACUGUACAAACGAAACCCCCCGAUGAAGGGCAACGCUUCCCAGCAGCAGUAGAGACACUCACCAGAGGUCGUUACGUUGACGACAUUUACGGCGGUGCAGAGACGGAAGACGGUCUCAAGGAGAUCGCAACGCAACUACAAGGGCUUUGCCAUGCAGGAGGCUUCUCUCUACAGAAGUGGAGCAGCAAUUGUCCAGAGGCUCUGCAUGAGUUGGACCUAUCAACUGAAGAAGAAAUUAUCCAGUUCGAGGAGUCGGUCACCAAGGUACUUGGAUUGUGUUGGCAUCAAUCCACCGACACAUUCCGGUACAAAUCAAAGGAUUUCAAUACGACAACAAUCACCAAGAGAGUAGUCUCUUCAGAAAUAGCCCAGAUUUUUGAUCCACUGGGAUUUAUCGCACCAGUUGUCGUCCAGGGAAAGAUUCUCCUACAAGAUCUUUGGAGAUUGAAACUAAAAUGGGAUGAUCCUCUUUCAGAUGAGUAUGUUCAACGCUGGAAGACAUUCCGAGAGAAUCUCAACGACCUAGACAGAAUAACUGUACCUAGAUGGCUGAGAAUUUCAACAGAGACACUCAACAUCCAAAUUCAUGGAUUUGCAGACGCUUCAACGGUAGCGAUGAGUGCAGUGGUGUAUAUUCGCACCAAAACCAUCAACGACUCGACAUCAACAGUACUGGUAUGCGCGAAGACUAAGGUAGCACCACUCAAGCGCAUGACCAUCCCUCGUCUAGAGCUCACAGCAGAUCUUCUACUGACUCAGCUAGUGGCAUCAACGAAGAAAAUGCUCCAACUCGACCAGGUAGACACCUAUCUCUGGUCUGAUUCUUCAGUAGCACUAGCUUGGAUCAGGAGCCACGCAUCAAGAUGGAAGGACUUCGUCCACAACAGGGUCGUCAAGAUCCAGGAAACUCUCCCGAAUGCUACCUGGAGACAUGUCAGUGGAAAGGAGAAUCCAGCUGAUUGUGCCUCCAGAGGCAUAUCACCGAGCCAGCUAGAAGAUCAUCAACUGUGGUGGUCAGGACCUGAGUGGAUCAAUCAGGAUCCUGAAGAAUGGCCACAAUCAUCAAUCGACGCCCCAGCUAUGGACAUCCCAGAAGUGGCCAGAGAAGCAAAACCAACACCAGCACAUCCAGGUUCAAUUAAAAUCAACGAAAUUGCAGAGCUACUCAACAGAUAUCAGACGAUGGCUAAAUUGCUAGCCGUAACAGCUACGACACCGAGGAAGACAGGCCCAGCAACAGAUGGGUCAACUACCAGCAACGAGAAUCUCACCAGCAAGAGCAUUUCUCCACACAGGGGUGNUACCCGUCAACGGUACUGGAUAAUCGGCGGCAGAGGCACAGUUAGAGCAUAUAUUAAACGCUGUGCCAUCUGCACCAGACACUGA